UAUUUUUGUAUAACGAUAAUCAACUCUUGGGCAAGUAGUACGGUAGGCCUGAUGUGGUUAACGUAAUAAAAAUAAUAAACAAAACAAUAAUUUGAUUGUGAUUAAUCAUAUCAGUAUUAUUAACUCUGGCUAUACAGUAUUAGUACAAACAAAGAAUAUAUCGUAAAUAACCGAACUACCAAAAAAGAAUGCCGUAGGACAUCUAGUGAAAAACAAAAUCACUUUCACGUUUCAGACUCGGUUGAAGUGUGCUGAGCUUCAUUCAUCGAUAUCUGUUGAAAUAGCCUUAAAUAAUCGGUUUGUAGAAUGACCUCCCCCUGUUGACCAUCCUAGGCUCUGUACUAAAAGAUGCUGGGCUGGCUCCUGUGGCAGGUUUAACUUUUUGGAUAUUUUGGAGUGAUAAUCAUGGAUCUAAUCCUGAAAGGGAUUCUCAACUCCCACCAUCCUGAAACUUUGAAAGGGCAGCUUAUUGAAAAAAAACUGAUUCCUGCAGCAUCUCAACCUAUUACACCUGAAGGAUGUCACAUGGUCUUUACUACUUCAUGGGACUUCAGUGUUAAUGGAGAUUCUGAGUUUACUCAGGAUAUUGGUAUGAAGGUUUUCAAAGCAUGGGCAUAUUACAAUAAAAGCACUUUGGCAGAAUUUCUUGUGCCACAGAACUUGUUAAAUUACAUGAUGGAUAUUAAUGCAAAAAACAAAGCAAGGCUGAUUAAGUUGAUCCAUUAUAGUCUGGAGAUGCUGUGGGAAACAGAAAACUUCAAAUCUUUGUGCCACAUUGUUCAAACCCAAUCUGUAACUUGUCUACUAGAAAACAAGGAGCUCUCUGUUCUUGUUGCAUUUACUGAGCUGUUUAGAUACAUCCCUCAGUGUGUACCCAUGGGAGAUUUGACUUCUAAGCUGUGUAUUGCUAUAAUUCACUGUUUAGCAAAUAUUCGUGUACCAGACCAGUCAAAUGAAAUGGGAGGAUUCAUUUUUGAUAUUUCAAAAGUUUGUAACUUUUUACAGACAAUUUGGAAUUCGUCGGAAUCUUCUGUCCAGAAAACUUUAGAAACUAUGUACUUUUUGUUACAACAAGACACCAAAGAUUGCUCUCCUGUCCUAGCUGCAGUAGUUGAAGCUUUACCUUUGCAACUCUUACAUGAAGUGGUGCCUCUACUUCUGAAAGAUAAGUCAGCAGAUAAAGGAUUGACUCUAGUUGUUGGUAGGAUGUUGGACUGGCUGUACUGGCCAAAAGCUAUAAAUAUUUCUUCAUGGAUCUUAACAGUCUUGAAAGGCAUGGCUUCAUCCAAAAAAUUUUCUCUGCUUAUGAUCAUCUUUGAAGCAAAAAUAGAACAGGUAUGUAUUGCUUU